CGCUUUUUUUCUCUCUCUCUCUUAAAGUGCACUUCUCCUUUGUUGAGUCUCCUCCUGCUUCUCUUUAUUUUUUCCUCCUUCAUUCCUCUCCCAGUCACCUUGUAACCAUGUGAACCCUCUUUUCUUUACUUCUGGGAUGAAGCACAAGAGGAGGACUGCGCAGUUGCUGAGAGAUAGAAAGAGGGAAGAAGGGAAGGGAGGACAGAAUAGGAGAUAGUGAGGAAAGAGAAGACAGGAAGGGGGGAAGCUUAGAAAACAGCAAAGAGAGAGACUGAGAGGAGGGGGGUUGGUGGAUGUAGCUCAAGCUGUGGGCCGGGGGGUGAGCUACCUAACCCGGGCUGCUCCGCCGAAACAUCCAUGGGUGGCUGUGUCGGGAGCCACCACGACUCUUCGGGCAGCCUAAACGAGAACUCGGACGGCACUGGAGUGGCUCUAGGCCGUAACCAGCCCCUGAAGAGAGAGCGACCUAAAUGGAAAAGUGACUACCCGAUGACAGAGGGCCAGCUGCGCAGCAAAAGAGAUGAGUUCUGGGAUACGGCGCCAGCAUUCGAGGGCCGGAAGGAGAUCUGGGAUGCGCUGCGAGCUGCGGCCAGUGCCUUUGAGAGUAAUGACCACCUACUGGCUCAGGCCAUCCUUGACGGGGCCAGCAUCACACUGCCACACGGCGCUCUGACCGAAUGCUACGAUGAGCUGGGAAAUCGCUACCAGCUGCCGGUGUACUGCCUCUCUCCUCCUGUCAACAUGAUCGAAGAGCGCUCCGACGAGCCCGACGGGUCGGAUCCGGACUCCCUGACGGCAGACCCGUCCACRGGCAGCGCCAGCGACCCCAUCCCGGGAGGCGAGUGCCAGCUCCGGCUGCGGCUCUCCACGGGCCGCGAUCUGCGGCUGGCGGUCCGCUCCACAGACACUGUGGGCAUGAUGAAGCGGCGCUUGCAGAAUCAGGAGGGYGUGCCCGCCGCCACRCAGCGCUGGUUUUUCUCAGGGAGGCCGCUGACAGACAGGCUGCGCUUGGACCAACUCAACAUUUCCAGGGACUACGUAGUUCAGGUGAUCCUAAGCCAGCGGCCUCCACCGGAGCCUGUAACGCCACCCGGACACACAGCAGAGGCCUCUGGACCCGCGGCGGUGGAAGGAGUGUCUGCUCCGCCUCAAGAGCCAACGCCGGUGGAGAACUAAUCGAAGCCAGGCCCUGCUAGUGUAAACCAAUGAGGACGACAAGAGACACAGCCGAGUUAAAGGCGACUCUUCGCGUCUUCUGUGCUCUUUGAUUGUUUUCGCUGAGAAGGGCUACGUUAAGGCGGAGGAGCAUAAAGACAUCGGAGAAAAAAAAAACUCCUUAUUUUGGUUUUACACGUUGAAAUUUUGACCUUUUUUGAAGUCUUUUUAACUGUUCCUAUGGAAACCAAACUACGAAAAGAGAUGGUUAAGGGGUUUGCUUAGCAGCUGAGAGGCCUGAAGGUCUAUGUCCAAGUUCUGCUCAAGGGUCGAUGAAAUAAACUCCUGUUUUUCAGGCUACAGUAUUAAAACCUUUUUCCAAACUUUUCUCCAGUUCAGACAGCUAAGAUAAAACRAGACAAUUCAGCAAUCAAAAGUUUUUAAAGCAUUUUAGCAAAUAAUGGGGAUUACAUCAAAUCAUGUUAGUCAGGGUAAAUGAGACGCUUAACAACUGUGGCAAAAGUUUAGAAUUGUACGUUUGCUCAGAGAUUUUGUCUUUUUAUAUUGUGAAGAGCUAGCAGCCCGGAUUUCUGGCUGCGGCUGCUGCUGGACUCCAUACUUCAUUCAUUCACCGAACAAUCAAAUUAAUCAUUUAGGAAACCGUAAGUCGUUUCAUCUUUGGCUGUAUGUGUGUGUAUGUGUGUGUGUGUGUAAGGCGGCUUACACGCCCAGGCCCAAAACCAUACUCAUUCACAGGGAAAAAGAUGGACUUCAGAAACACAGCUGCAUAUUUUGAAUAAAAAUAGAAUCUUUUUAAUUA